GUCUGUGUGUGUGUGUGUGAGUGUCUGUGUGUGUGUGUGUGUGUCUCUGGAUGGGUUCGUUGCUUUGCCCACAUACCGACUAUUUAGGCUUCUGAAGUUUGCAGUGCGAGACGGAAGAACCACAACAAAUGGCCAUGCUUGCUGAAACAAAAGAAACCUUUCGCAGUGCUGAUGCAGUAUGUUUCGAUGUAGACAGCACAGUGAUCAAAGAGGAAGGGAUUGAUGAACUGGCGAAAUUCUGUGGAGUUGGGGAUGCUGUGGCAGAAAUGACUCGGAAUGCAAUGGGAGGCGCAAUCCCAUUUAGGAAGGCGUUAACGGAACGUCUCGCAGUUAUACGGCCUUCACGAGAGCAAGUGAAUAAACUAAUAACAGAUCACCCUCCUCAAUUAACUGAGGGCAUAAAGGAUCUGGUAGAUCGGCUUCAAAAGCGCGGAGUACAAGUUUUCUUAAUAUCUGGGGGAUUUCAGUGCAUCGUGGAGCACGUGGCAACAAGAAUCAAUGUUCCUCUGACUAACGUAUACGCAAACAGACUCAAGUUUUACUUUAAUGGAGAGUACGCUGGGUUUGAUGAAACUCAGCCGACAGCUGAAUCUGGUGGGAAAGGCAGGAUCAUAAGUCUGCUAAAGGAACAGAAAGGCUUUAAGAAGGUGGUUAUGAUUGGAGAUGGAGCGACAGACCUGGAAGCAUGUCCUCCUGCUGAUGCAUUCAUUGGAUUUGGUGGGAAUGUUAUCCGACAACAAGUGAAGGACAAUGCCCCUUGGUUCAUCAGCAGCUUUAAAGACAUACUUGAAGAGCUGGAAACAAAGGUUUCACGUCAAGGACAGGACUUCACACUUUACGCAAAGUGAAGAGAAACACAUCGGUUCUCUAGUUUUUCUGUUCAUUAUCAUUUUAAUUUUAAAAUUUUAAACUUGAAAAGAUAUAGACUAGUUUCUUUAUGACCUCACAUAAAAUGUACUGUAUGCAGAAAUAGCCACUUUGCCCCAUGCUGUUAUUUUUAAAACCUCCCAGUUCCAUGGUUGAUCUCUUCCCCAAAAGCCUCGGGCUAAUGGACUGUGUGAUUCCAUUCAUGCACAGGGUUCCCAAUGUUACUUUGAAAUCUGGAACUCUCUCCCCCCAAAGGCUGUAGAUGCUGGAUCCAUUCAAAUUUCCAAGACUGAGUUGGAUAGAUUUUUGUUAGGUCAGGGUAUCAAAGCAUACAGGGAAAAUGCAACUAAUUGGAUUUGAGGUACAGAUUAGCCAUGAUCUAAUAGAAUGGAGAACAGGCUUGAGGGCUGAAUGGCCUCCUCCUGUUCCUAUGUCCCUAUAUUUCUCUUUAUUACUAGCCAGGUACAAUUUUCCCACACCCCAACAUAAACAGCUCAGUUUGGCCCAAUUGUUGGAGCAUUAGACUUGGGCUCAGGAAGUUCUGGGUUCAAACACUGUGGGGUCUGCUCAGCCCUUCAUCUUCUGGAGGUCAGUUUAAAAUGAGUUGUUUUGUGUGUUGGAGGAGUUACACUAGUCUUCCUGAUACACAGUUGGUUUCAAGGAAAUAUGAUUGGCAAAAGCAACCAGGUCCUCAAUAAUCCCGGCCGUUGACCAACCUGGCGUUUGCAUCAAUAAGACAAGGACAUGAAGAUAUGUCCUAUCCUGUGGAGAAUCCUGGUACAAAUCUGUUGGUUAAUAUGGUGGUACCUAACAUGUAGGCUUGAGAAUAUCUUAAUUACUAUCAUUAAUCUUUAUUUUUAUUUUUACCUCCAAGAUUAUUGAGAAAGUCUGCUACCUGGAAACUUAUGUACACACUGUCAACUGUAUUUAUAAUUGUGAUCUGUUGUGCUUUUAGCAAAAAAUAAAACUGCUGCAUCUAAAUGCAGCUGAUUGUAGAUUCCAA